AUGGCGCAUGCUGACGUGGACCAGGUAGACUACGGCGAUGACGAUCUCGAGCUCGCCAUGGAAGAGGACGACGCUGGACCCGCUCCGGUCACCGCUGCUGCACCUGCGCCUAAGCUAAGAUCCACGAUUGCUGGCGGAACAGCGGCCGCGGCAGCGGCGGCAUCAGCAGCGGCGGCGGAGGCGCGGCGGACGAAGGGGCGUGGGUUCCGCGAGGCCAUGGACGUGGAGCGCGACGGCGGCGACCGCGUGGGGGGACGUGCGUUCGAGUCGCUCGAUGCUUCUGGCGGACCGGGGCCUCAGCGAUCUGUGGAGGGGUGGAUUGUGCUUGUAACGGGGGUGCAUGAGGAGGCACAGGAGGACGACGUGCAUGAGAUGUUUGCAGAGUUUGGAGAGAUCAAGAACCUCCAUCUUAACCUCGAUCGACGCACAGGGUUUGUCAAGGGCUAUGCACUGGUGGAGUACGAGAGCAGGCAGGAGGCAGCGGCGGCCAUUGAGAGCCUCAACGGUGCAGAGCUGCUCACGCAACCCAUCGCUGUCAACUGGGCCUUCACCACGGGACCACGGGGAAAGCAGGGUGGGAGAAGGGAAAGGAGAAGCAAGCCAAGAUAUUGA